AUGAAUGAACAGGUAAGAAGAAUCGACACUUCUAAGAAAAGGAAAUGUUCGUGUCUGACAAGCACAGUAUCUAAUAUAAUUGGUCGACUUGGUGUAAUAGUUAGUCGAUAUCCCCUUUAUUUUGUCAUUGUUCCUGUCAUUAUCUCUUGUUUAUUAUCAAUCGGGCUAAUCAGAAUUCAAACUAAUAACGAUAACGAUUCUCUGUUAACUGCGGACAGGGGUAAAUAUUAUGAUGCCAAACAGUUUAUGGAUAAGACAUUUCAUACCAAUUCGGGUACUUACGAUAUUUUAAGACUUACUAAUCGCCCACAUUUUCCAAUGAUUCACAUAGUAAAUGACAGAGAAGGCAACAUUUUACGCAAAGAAUUUUUAGACGAAAUACAAAUUGUAGAUCAGGUUGUAAAAAAUACCACAGCUUUUGUAGAUGGAAAGAUUAUUGUUUAUUCGGACGUGUGUCAAAUUGUAGAUGGUAAAUGUUCAGAAAAUACCCUUAUUGAAAUGCUAACCGACUCCGAAAAUGCUAUUUAUGAAAUAUUAAGGAUGAAGUAUCCUGUCAAUAUGGAUUCUGUAACAUACGCGUACAAAAUCCUUUCUGUGAAUUUAGGAGGGGUUACAAUAGACGACAACGGAUACAUAAUUGAAGCUAAAGCCGUUCGUUUAUUCUAUAUACUUGAUGAAUGGAAUGCAAAUAAGAAAAAAUGGAAUGAAGAGUGGACAAAGGCAGUUUACAACAAGUUGAGGGAUUAUAGCUUCGAGCAUAUUAAAACAUUUCCCGAUCCGUUCUCCUCUACUGAUUUUCAAGUAGAACGCAUUUCACAGAAGUUAGUGUCCUUGGUAAGCGUGGCUGUGGUCGUAGUGGCCAUUUUCUGCGUGUCGACGAACAUGACUAACAAUUGGGUAAAGUCCAAACCCUGGUUAGGCGUAGCUAAUGUUGUAUCCGCCGGUUUGGCUGUAGCCACGACGUUUGGUUUAUUAUCCGCCUGUGGAGUAGAAAAUCUUCUGUGGAAUGUCAGUCUUCCUUUCAUUAUUCUUGGAACGGAAGUGGACGACUCGUUUGUCGUAUUGGCUUGCUGGAAGGCAACAGAUUGUAAUGACAGCGUAGAAAAGCGAAUGGAACAGACGUAUCGCAACGCAGCAGUGUCCAUCACCAUAACGUCUCUAACGAAUUUCAUCUCCUAUUGCAUUGCCAUGACGUCACCAUUCCCGGCUAUUAGAAUAUUCUCUUUGUAUGCUGCAACGUGCAUCUUCUUCAGUUAUUUCUAUCAGUUGUUUUUUUUCGGCGGAUGUUUGGCAUUAAGCGGAUACAGAGAAGAGAAGGGACUUCAUCCUUUUACAUUUAAACUAGCUUUUGAAACUAUUGGACAAAGUGACUAUCACAAUGAACAAAAUGAAGACUGUUUUAUGAAGUUCUUCAGAGAUACAUUUUCAGCUUUUAUUUUUCAUUCUGUAUUACGGGAAGGGUUUAAUGUUUACAAAUUCAAUUCAGAAACCUCUGAAAUUACACAAGGAUUUCAUGUUUACUAUAAAUAUUUUACCAAAUACCCUUUUACGGUGCACGUCGUAAUUAACGAAACUUUAGAUUAUUCUAAUCCACGAGUUCAAGAGUCAGUUAAUGAUUUCUUGAAAAAAUUCCACACUAUUGAAAAUAUAGCCGGAUACGAGUUCGAAUUUUCUUGGUUAAAGUAUUAUAAUAAAUUCCAAACUCAUCCCUUUUCGAAGUAUUCUUUAAAGGGAUACGAUCUGUCUCAGAAGCAAGACUUUAUGGAUGCUCUUAGAAACGUCUUCUUGAAAUUCACAGGUGCCAAGCAAUUUAAUAAUGACAUCAUUUAUAAUCACAAUUAUACUGAUAUUGUGGCCAGUCGCUUUUUAUUCUUAGCGAAAGAUGUUUCGGAUAGAGUAACCGAAUUCAAAAUAGUAAACGAUUUAUCGAAAAUUGCCGAACAAGCGCCAUUUUCUGUUGUUAUCCAUACAAUAAUAUCACAUCUGGUCGAGCAAGGUAUGGUUAUCAGACAGAUAACGUUUCAAUUGUUCUGGAUCACUUCCUUGUUAAUCUUCGGCAUCUUCGUUUCUUUAAUUCCCAAUUUGCAUUGCGCUGUUAUCGUCGCUAUCUGUGUCGGGUCCAUCAUCGCGCAGACAAUCGGAUUCAUGUCUUUAUGGGCAAUCAAUCUGGAUAUCGUGUCUCUGAUGUGCUUAAUCCUCUGCAUCGGGUUCUGUGUUAAUUAUCCCACUCACAUAUGCUAUUGUUUCAUUACUUCAUCACAAGCAACGACUGAAGAAAAGUUAAAGGAUAGUUUACGCCACUUAACAGGUGAUUUACUUAUAGUAAUAGCUCAAAUUAUAACGGCUACUCAAAUGGUUAUUGAAGAAAAAUUUGUUAGCAAAAAUAAUGUACCACCACUUCAAGCUGUUGGAUGGGAAGGUUUCUUCGGUUUUAUUAUAUUGUCAAUUUUAUUGGUGCCGAUGUAUUACAUACCAGUGGGAAAAAAUUUUUUUCAUAAUCCUAAAGGAAAUUUAGAAGAUGCCAUCGACGGCUUCUAUCAAAUUGCAAAUUCUUGGCAAGUGUGUUUGGGCGUUUGCGGGACGGUGAUCAGUAUCGCCUUUUUUAAUUUUGCCGGAAUAAGCGUGACCAAAGAGAUUAGCGCCACCACCAGGAUGGUGUUGGACAGCAUCAGGACCCUUGUAGUGUGGAUCUGCGGCAUGCUUCUGUUCCACGAGAAGUUUGGUUGGCUGCAACUAGUGGGAUUUCUGAUACUUUUAGUGGGAAUGUGUUUGUACAAUGACAUAUACAUCCGGCAAUUUUGGAACAAACUGACACGCAGGGGAACGUCGGAGGAGCUCGACCCCCUCUUGAACACCGAAAACGGAAGUAUAAAUGCCGAGAAGUAGUCGGAAGAAAUUACUAAACGAUUGUGAUAUUUUGUAAAUAAAUCCACAUUCCAUCUCAAUUUUCCACCAGAACAAAAAUUAUUUUUAAAUUUUUCCGGCGAGAUUUCCGUUUAUACCGGGGUGGAAGAAUUCAAAUAUAUCGAAAAAUCUUUUAUUUAAUUAAUAAACGGGUCGAAAUUUUGUUAAAGUUAAAAUUUUUGUCAAUAUUUUAUUCUAAUGUCUUUCCGCCGCCUUUUAAAUUCAAGCCAUGUUUUAUAUAAGAAUUGUAGAAAAUUUCGUUUUAAUAUUUAUAAUAAAGUGUUUUUCGAUUCCUUCGCGUUAAACGAAUCUGAAGUUAUCGAAUAAAUUAUUCGGCAAAACGACGACGAUGAUUUAAAUUCGUCUUAAACUAUGUCGAUGUGGGUAAAAUACAUUCACUAUCGAGUCAAAGGUGACGUAACCCUCUGGUGUUUAAAAACAAAAAUAUUUUAUCUGGGCCAUUCUUGUGUAUUAUCAGCAAUAAAAACGAAUAGGAAUAGAAAAGGCAAAGCUUUUCCUUUCACUCCAAAUUGCAAUUUCAAGACCAUACAAGAGCCCAAUAUAAGUUUUUGUCUAUUCCCGCUCGAAAAACAGAUGAUAAUUCGGAAAUCGGUCAGUUAUAUCUAUGAGCUCCGAAUUCUGAAGAGUGAAUUAGACUUAAGAAUUGGCAAUAGUUUCCCGAUUGUCCAGCUUUACACGAACAAGUUAUGCUGUCAAUUUUAAAAGAUUUUUCCUUAAUGUUUAAAAUGCCAAUAAUUUUGUGUGGGACAGAGCCGGAUUUAAGCAAUUCGAGGCCCUAACUCAGUGUUGUCACCUUUUCAAAAUUUGCUGACUCGGACAUUUUAAAAUUAGGAUGUUAUACUUAGAAAUAAAAAAGUUAGGUUUUUUUUUAUUGUGAGUAGAAAAUAAAUAUUUUUUAUUAGAAGGUAAACACGUACAUGAUAUAGACUAUAAUAUUAAAGUAAUACAAUAAUCACAUUUUUUUAAAACUCUACACUAAGAGGGCCUCUUUUAGCAAGCCCAUUAUGGGCUCGACAAGGCCCACAAUGGGAGGGAUGGAGAUCGACGUAUCUGAACGGACCACCUCCCGACCUGCCCGGAUUCGAUCCCGGGUCUCCCUGAGCGGUAGGCUGCCACCUUAACCGCUCGUCCAUCGGGCC